UUUUUUUUUUUCUAUUGGAAGGUCAUUAAAUACUGAAUUCUUCAAAAUAAUAACUGAUGGGAAAAUUCCGCAUUUGUAGCAAUCUUUCUGGUGAAAUGUGGAUCAGAUAGUGCUGAGUUACACCUGAAUGUUGGAAGCCUCUUGGAAUUUGGCGAGAACUACUGAGUGGAGGCACAAAGUUGAAAUAUUCUAACAAGUCAACAUUGUUAAGAGGAGAUAUUUCUGCUCGACAGUGAAGAGACCCUAAAUUACAUGGCUGAUGUAAAAAGUUUUAGUAGUCUCAUAAUUGGGAUUUGUUCUUCAAAAAGCAAAAAAUCUCACCUACAUCCAUUUCCCACACAGCAAUAGAUCUCAUCGAAUUAAAAAAGACCUUCCUGGAAUGCAUCGACACUGCCAAGAUUAAAAAGGUUUGUACUGGAAGAAGGUUCCUGCAGACCUGCCCUUGAAGCGGCUGUUCUACAAUCAUACGGAAGCUGUGCGGACAUGUCUUCCGUCGUUUGGGGGUUUUCAACCUUCCAUCCCCAGUCCUGCUGAUAAGCCCUGAGAUUUCCUGAAGGCCUCCUAUCCCCGGUUCGCCAAGUUUUCGCUCUGCCUCCUGGGAAGAUUUGUCCCGCCCGCUCCCCGCGGAGCGAUAAAACGAUCCAAUCACCGACUACUGCAAAAUCGUCCUCCCCCUCGAGGUUCAACCCUCCUGAUUACGUCACAGAGGAGGAGCAAUCGGAUUCGCUUUCUUCUGCUUCGGAAGCGGUGGGGCUCCCCGGAGACGCUCACGGGCGGGCGCUGCGUUGCCGGAACUCCUUAGAGAUGGGCAAGAAAGAGCGAGAUAAGAAGAAAUUGAAAAAACGCCACUAUGAGGAGGAAGAGGAAGAAGAAUAUGACCUUACAGGCAAAGAGUCCCAAGAAGCAGUUCCAUCAGCUGCAGGGAAACAAGUGGAAGAGUCUGGGCCCAAAGUUGAUGAAUAUGGUGCAAAAGACUACAGGAACCAGAUGCCACUUAAAGCUGACCAUUCUUCCCGCCCAUUGUGGGUGGCUCCUGAUGGCCAUGUUUUCUUAGAAGCCUUUUCACCUGUCUACAAGUAUGCCCAGGAUUUUCUUGUGGCUAUUGCUGAACCAGUUUGCCGACCUACUCACGUCCAUGAAUAUAAACUGACUGCUUAUUCCCUCUAUGCUGCUGUCAGUGUGGGUUUGCAAACCAGCGAUAUCACUGAAUAUCUACAAAAGCUUAGUAAGACUGGUGUGCCUUAUGGGAUCAUUCAGUUUAUUAAGCUAUGUACAGUUAGUUAUGGAAAGGUGAAGCUGGUCCUGAAGCAUAACAGGUAUUUUGUAGAAAGCACCCACCCUGAAGUCAUUCAGCAACUUCUUCAGGACCAAGUUAUUAGGGAAUGUCGCCUGAGAAAUGCAGAGGGGGAAGAAACUGAACUCAUAACAGAAACGUUCAAGAGCAAAUCUGCGAUUUCCAAGUCUGGUGAAAAUAGUGGACCAUCAACUUCUCAAGGGGCAGAUGGUCAGAAUAAACCAGAUGUUCCUGCUGAUUUAUUUGAAUUUUAUGAACAAAUGGAUAAAGAUGAAGAAGAGGAAGAGGAAACUCAAACUGUGUCUUUUGAAGUGAAGCAGGAAAUGAUUGAAGAGCUUCAGAAGCGUUGCAUUCAUCUGGAGUACCCUCUGCUUGCUGAAUAUGAUUUCAGAAAUGAUUCAGUGAAUCCAGAUAUUAACAUAGAUUUGAAACCCACAGCUGUUCUCCGACCAUAUCAGGAGAAGAGUUUGAGAAAAAUGUUUGGGAAUGGUCGUGCUAGAUCUGGGGUUAUCGUCUUGCCUUGUGGUGCUGGCAAAUCGCUUGUAGGCGUAACAGCUGCUAGCACCGUCCGUAAGCGGUGCCUAGUAUUGGGUAAUUCUGCUGUCUCAGUGGAGCAGUGGAAAGCCCAGUUCAAGAUGUGGUCUACCAUUGACGAUAGCCAAAUCUGCCGAUUUACUUCUGAUGCCAAAGACAAGCCAAUUGGCUGUUCUAUAGCUAUCAGCACAUAUUCCAUGUUGGGACACACAACAAAGAGGUCAUGGGAGGCAGAGAGAGUGAUGGAAUGGUUGAAGAGCCAAGAAUGGGGUCUGAUGAUCCUUGAUGAAGUGCAUACCAUACCUGCAAAAAUGUUCAGGCGUGUGCUCACUAUUGUUCAGGCCCAUUGCAAGCUUGGAUUAACAGCUACUCUUGUCCGGGAAGAUGACAAAAUUGUAGACCUGAAUUUCCUGAUUGGGCCUAAACUCUAUGAAGCCAAUUGGAUGGAAUUGCAAAACAGUGGUUAUAUUGCUAAAGUCCAGUGUGCUGAGGUUUGGUGUCCAAUGUCUCCUGAAUUCUACAGAGAAUAUGUAGCUAUUAAAACAAAGAAGCGGAUAUUGCUCUAUACCAUGAACCCAAACAAAUUUAGGGCUUGCCAGUUCCUGAUUAAAUUCCAUGAACGAAGGAAUGAUAAGAUCAUUGUAUUUGCUGACAAUGUGUUUGCUUUGAAGGAGUAUGCUGUUAGAUUAGGCAAACCUUAUAUUUAUGGGCCUACAGCACAGGGGGAGAGAAUGCAAAUACUGCAGAAUUUCAAACACAAUCCCAAAAUCAAUACCAUCUUUAUCUCCAAGGUUGGUGAUACAUCUUUUGAUCUGCCAGAAGCCAAUGUUCUCAUUCAGAUUUCAUCUCAUGGAGGUUCUCGAAGGCAGGAGGCUCAGAGGCUGGGUCGAGUCUUAAGAGCUAAAAAAGGAAUGAUUGCAGAGGAAUACAAUGCCUUUUUUUAUUCUUUGGUCUCUCAGGACACUCAAGAAAUGGCAUAUUCUACAAAACGUCAAAGAUUUCUAGUAGAUCAAGGUUACAGCUUUAAGGUAAUUACUAAACUUGCAGGUAUGGAAGAGGAAGAACUUAUGUUUUCAUCCAAAGAAGAGCAGCAGCAGCUCCUCCAAAAGGUUUUACAAGCUUCUGACCUGGAUGCUGAGGAAGAGGUGGUUGCAGGAGAAUAUGGUUCCAAGUCAUCUCAGAUAUCUCGACAUUACGGCACAAUGAGUUCUAUGUCUGGAGCAGAUGAUACAGUUUACAUGGAAUAUCAAUCCUCACGAAGCAAGGCAUCUUCAAAUAAACAUAUUCACCCACUCUUUAAACGCUUUAGGAAAUAAUAUCAGGAAAAUGCAUUAUAGCUAUAAAAAUGUUAAAAUUUCAUAUUAUUUCAUAAUUAAGGAAAUGGAAUAAGCAAUUUGCUCACAACUGAAGAUAAUUAUUUCAGUAUUCUAUAUUCUUGGAAUAUUAUUAACUUUAUUUUUAUUUAACAGUUUCAGAGAUUCUUAAGAAUAUUUGAAUGUGUUUUAUAUUUAUAUUUGUAGUAAGAUGAUCAUAAGGGUGCAAAUACCUGAAAGCACUGAAUAAAAACACUCUAUAUUAAAAGAU